UAUAUAUCGAGAAGUCGAGAAAAAUAAAAGAAUAAAAAUGUCAAACGGCAAGGCGACAGCGUUCUUUGAGAACGGCAGCACGACACAGUUCGAGUACUGCUACAAACUGUAUCCACAGGUGCUCAAGAUGAAGGCGGAGAAGCGCAGCAAGAAGCCACAGGAGCUGAUCCGUUUGGAUCAAUGGUUCCAGAACGAACUGCCCGGUCUGAUCAAGGCGCGAGGGAAGGACGCCCAUUUGGUCUACGAUGAGCUUGUCCAGGCCAUGAAAUGGAAACAGUCUCGAGGCAAAUUCUAUCCACAGUUAUCAUAUUUGGUUAAAGUGAAUACGCCACGCGCCGUCAUCCAGGAGACAAAGAAGGCGUUCCGCAAGUUACCCAAUCUGGAGCAGGCGAUCACAGCUUUAUCGAACCUCAAGGGUGUCGGCACCACAAUGGCAUCCGCCCUGCUAACCGCCGCCGCCCCCAAUUCCGCACCAUUUAUGGCCGAUGAGUGCCUGAUGGCCAUACCAGAGAUCGAGGGCAUCGAUUAUACGACCAAGGAGUACCUCAAUUUUGUGCAGCACAUCCAAUCGACAGUCGAGCGCCUCAAUGCAGAGGUUGGCGGCGACACGCCGCACUGGUCGCCACAUCGCGUCGAACUCGCUCUGUGGGCGCACUAUGUGGCCAAUGACCUCAGUCCCGAGCUGCUCGAUGAUAUGCCCCCGCCAGGCAGCGCAUCCGCCGCCAACAAUACGAACGGCAGCACCCUCGGCAAGAACAGCAGCAAGGUCCUCGAUGGCGAGGACACCAACGAUGGCGUCGCCGUCGAUGUCGAUGAUGAGAGUCUCGGUGCAGGCGGCGGACGGAACACUGCAACCGAGUCGGAAACGGAGAACGAGAACACCAAUCCUCCGAUUGCCCUGGGCAAGAACAACAGUAACAGUAACAGCAACAGUAACAGCAACUGUAACAGUAACAGUAACAAUAAUAACAGUAACAGCAACAACAGCAACACUGCCGCCUUACAACAAGAUGGCGACUCGAACUUUGUGUCGAACGAUUCCACCUCACAGGAGCCGAUCAUUGAGGAUAAUACCACACAGACCACGGCCACCACCACAUCGACAGAUGAUGGUGAGCCGAUUGGUGGUGCUGGCACUCCACUCGCCUCCGACUCGGAAAGUAAUCUCGAGGCGCCGCUCAAGAGUCGCUUGACGGGAUCAGCAGCAGCAGCAGAAGCAGCAACGGCAACGGCAACAGAAGGAGCAGCAGCCGCCGCAGCAACAGCAGCUGAACAGACAACACACAACAACAACAAGCAGAUCAAUAAAAAUGGAGCAACUGCAACAGCAGCUGCAACUGUUGGAGCAGCUAAUGGUAAUGGUAAUGGAACCGCUGCCGGGAAUGGUGUGCUCUCUGCGUCGUCAGCUGCAGCAGCGGAUGAUGAUGUGGACGAUGACGAGGAGGACGACGAUGAUGAUGAUGAUGAGGAUGAGGAUGAAAAUGAGGACGAUGAGCUAGAGGCUGAUGAGAGUAACAGCAGCAGCAGCAAUUUGCGGGCUAGUAAAUUGCAGCAAUUGACAGUUGCAGCGACGGCUGUGACUGCUGUGGCGCCAUCUAUUGGACAGAAGCGCUCGGCGCUCCAAAGUGACAUGGAGUCAAAUACAAAUUCGAAUGUGAAUAUUGGUAAUGCCACUGCUAAUGCUGCUCCUGCUGCUGCUGCAGAUGGUGAAGAAACUGCGCCGGAGCUGAAGAAACUGCGCAGCGACUGAGCUGCUGACCGUUAGCCGCCCGCACCCGGGUUAGACAGGAGGGGGAAGGGGGUGGCGGGGGCGAUGUAGAGGGAGAUGGGAGAAGGCCCCCACUCCCCCAGCCCGCCCGCUAUCCCUCCCCCAAAACGUAUCUGGUGGAAAGACAUAAUGUAUGUAGUGCAGUUGAGUCCGACAUUGAGAGAGCAACAUUACCUACACUUUGCCACAACAACAUUCAAGAAAUUUUACUAUUAAGCAAACUAAUUAUACAUAUAAUAUAUAAUAUAUAUAUAUACAACAACAAAAACAAACA